AAUAAUAAUAAUUCAAGUUGCGUUUAAAUUUCUGUUAGAAACAACAAUUUUUACAAAUGGAUGCAGUUCAUAAUCUCGAAGAUGAAAAGGAAAAAGCCAGAGUUUUGUUAAGAAAAACUUAUAAAGUUACUAUAAUAAUGCUAAUUUUUGGCCAGAUUCAGGUCAUGAUCGUUAUGGAAAUUGAACCGAUUAAGGAGUUCUUGGGACGCCAUUAUUACGUCAGUUUGAUACAGUUUUUUAUGAGCUUUAUAUCGAUACAACUUUAUGUGUUCUUCUAUCACAUUAUUGUGCGCACUUCGACUUGGAAACGCAUACUAGCUGGAAUUUGGACGUUCGAAGUCAACACAAUUUCCAUCAUGAAACCCGCUAGACGUGCUCCUUAUACUAGUCUCCUUGUGUCCUGGGGUCUAACCUUCUUCAUCAUGGCAGUUAGUGUUAUAUAUGGCAAUAUUGCAGUGAAACAUCGCCGUGGACUUUUUGUCACUCGUCACAAUGUCAUACGCUGGAGCGAACGUCUUUUUGUGCUCACCAGCUUUGGCAUUAUUGUCUGUUCGGAAAUGAGACGUGUGACUAUUGAAUUUCCCACACUUUUCGUGUACAGCAUGCUCUCUAAUAUAUUUGUGAUUAUUUUUGCUGCCUCGAUACGCAAGCCGAACUUUUAUCAUCUGGAUGCCAUCGGAGAUCACAUACUCAUCGGCCAGCUGUAUUAUCUGAACUUCUAUGCGCUUUACAUGGGCUACGUGUGGACAACUGCUGCUGGCCUCGAGUUGGCAGGCAUUAACCCCAAGAUUUGAAUUUGUGUUUUAUGGCAGGGUUGCGUUGCAAGUUGCACACCUAGGCGCAUGUCCACAAAACAGCUGUUUGGCAAACACAGACACACGAACACAGAGAGAAGCGAAGCACAUUCAACUCCUUAACUCAGCCACUUGAUUCUCUACUCAGGCAAACGGACAAAUGUUUACGCUUCUCAGUUGCAAGUUGCUCAAAACUUACGUCACAUUCGUGCGGCGUGUGUAAACAAGUUUGCGUCUCGUGUUUCGGAACAUUGAAUCCUUCGAUCGAUAAAAGUUUUCCGCAGUAAAAUACAUACAAUACAAUA